AUGGACAGGUUGUCUUCCGAGCUUGGCCCUGCGGCCCGCUCCGACGAUUACGCCGAUCACGAGGACUGGGACACAGAUACCAAGGAUCUCCUGCAAGAGCUCUGUGAGGGCGUUAUCCACCACAUCUUGUCGCUCGACGAUCGCUUCCGCUUCGAGCACGAAGUAGUCUUCGCCGCAGUCAACAUUGCUCUCCGCGCCAUCAUCAACCCCGACGAAUGGGCCAUUGCUGAGCUGACCAAGGAGGUGCUCUACGCGAAGGUCGGCAGCGCCUGUCUUGACAUCGCGAUUGGCCUCAGUACGGUCGAUGAAGCCAUCAUUGAGGCGAUGCUGGAGACCGCAGUCAUGGAUGCAGACCGGCAGCUCUCCAGGGAUAGCAUUCUCAGCACACGAGCGAGCAUCCUGCACCGUAUUCAUCACGUCAUCGGUCCAACCCCGAUCCCCUUCCUCGACUUUGUGUACCCUCCCGACUCGCGCACACCCUUGGAUCAAUACAUGCGCUUCGAGGUCUUGCGUGUUCUUCGGGCUGCACUGGUGGAGCCGUCCUUCUUCUCUUGCUCUGCGAGUCAGAUGGUGGCUGCGGCAGUCUCUGCAUCGUGGCGUCGUCGGUUCGGAAUCCCCUGGGCGGAGCCGCUCGAUGCCCUUACCGGCCACCAUUACGCAGAGAUCAAGUGGAUAGCGGACCUUCUAACUAUGAUUAAUAACCCAUUUGUCAUUGUCGAGGAUCUCUUUCAGGCUUUGCACGAUUAUCGACCUUUGCCACCUGGUGGCAGCUUCCUGUGUCCUCUUACUUAUUCAAGCCUGAAUCUGCGUCGAACCUCUUCCUCUUCUGCAACACUGGCGCGGAUCGGAGCUCUGUCUUGUACGUCGUUGCCGACAUCAUACCUAAGGAAGCCCUGGAUGAUACCUUUCCUGUCGAAGACGACGCUUCACAAGUCCCGGUGGAGCUGUGCUGACAUUGUGGGAUGCCCCACGCCGGAACAGUGA